UAAACCUUUUUGUUUACGUUUUGAGAAUUUACAUAAAUUUUGUAAGUUGUUAUCAGUUAUCUUUUAAUUAACUUUAUUUUCUUGAUUUUUAUCUCUUGAUUAUCAGUUUUUGUUGACUACACCAAACAUGUUUCGAUCACAAUCUAAUUUUGGAGAAGAAGGUCAGAUACGAGAUCUUCUUGGUCUUUUCAAAGAAUGUAUCAUGAAGACUGGUGAAGAUUUGAACAUGUUGGAGAAUAAAUUUGAUAGCAGUUUGAAAAAGAAUAGCAAAUCUAAAUUGGAGAGCAAUAUGAAAGUUCUAGUUGCUUUAGAGAAACAAACUGAUCUUGAGAGAGAUGCUGCGUCCGAAGCAAUGAGCAAGAUUUCUUCCGCUUUCAUUGAUUUGAACGAUGCCUGGUCGGGCUGGGACGAACAAGGGUGGGAUGAGAAUGGAGAAAGUACUCCCAAUUCCUGGCCAACAGAACGCCCUUCAAAUCCUGAAUUUGAUAAAAUUCUCGGUGAUGAACAAUUUGAUCUUUUCCAAGAAACAUUGAACAAAAUCAAAGAAUCUCGUAAAUCAAGUCGGAAACAAGAUCCAAGAGUUAAGGCAUUGAAAACACUUUUAUCAGCGAAACGGCCAAGUACCAACUCCAAUGUUGCUAAUGACGGCGAUGAAGAAGAUGAAGAGAUUGUGGCAUCAACUGAAGAUACAAUUCCAAUUGAUCCAAUUACAAAGAAAAAAAUUACAGAUCCGGUUAAAAAUGUCAAAUGUGGCCACAUUUACGAUAAACAUGGAAUGACAGAUUUCCUGAAAGCCCCUAAUCCAAGAUGUCCAUACAUGGGAUGUGUCAAUAGAGCCCAGAUCACCCCCGCUGAUCUUAUUCCCGACGAAGAACUGAAGCAAAAAAUUGAAUAUCUAAUGGCAAUGGAAGAAGACGAGGAAAGUGAAUCCGAAGCGGAAUAGAUUUCCUAAUAUUAUGCCAACCAAAUAUUAUUUUCACUGCCAUAACCUAAUCAUUUAUACCAAAAAGAAAAUAUAUUUUUCGUACCUGUUAUUGCUAAUAAUCAAUACAAUCAUUUUCCUUGGUCUAGUCUAACCAAGUUCCAAUGUACCUUCAAGUUGAUGGACCGAUUCCAAGAUUCCUAUCAUCAUAAACAUUACUAAUUGAAACGCAGAGAGAAAAUGACACAAUUCAUUGAGAGGUUAAUAGUAGAUCGAAAGAGAGAUUUAAGGAAUGAAAUGGAAAAGCAAAAAGAAAAAUGAACGAUAAAUAUUUGUAAACACUA